AUGAAUAAGGGAAAGAAAAGUGAGCCCAAGAAAAUUCUUGUACGAAAUACGGAGCUUCCAGUUCCUAAAACACGACUGCUUUUGGAGGGAAAAAGUAAAAUUAAAGAGAAACCAAAAACGGAGGAACCCAACGUUCAUAAAACUAAAUCGGCAAAUAGUCGACCCAAGUUCCACGUUCCUGAGUUACAUUCCACCUUGAAAAUAUCAGACAAAAUAGACAAACUGGAAAAAACAAAACCACAGAAGUUUCAGAAAGAUGUAGCAUUUUGUGAAAAGGUUACAAGGAAAGUUAAUUUUCCCGCAGACAGACCAAUAUAUAAAGAUUUAAUACCGCUGCAAGUUCCAGCGAAAUCGCCGCCAGUUUUAAGUUCCAGAGAACCGCUACCUCAGAAAGACAAAGAACCGUCGUUAUCGAGCUAUGCUCACCCUACAGCACCAAGAGAGUACAUUUAUGUCCCCUCAAUUAAAACCAACAUGCGUUCCACCUCCUCAUCUGUUGACAAUUUACACCUCUACAAAGUAAUGCAAAUGUUUUCUCAAUAAAGCAUUUAUUCAGACCAAGUUACAAUUUAAUUUAAAUCUUAUUAAACGCCGCGAUGUCGACGGACUGGACAAAA